AUGGGGCUGGAGAGGAUGGUGGAGGAGGGAGAGGGGGCCCUGGCCCAGCCCCAGCCCUGGUGGAAGAUCCAGCUGUUCGUCUGGGAGCCAGUGCUAUUCGGGACCUGGGAUGGGGUGUUCACGUCCUGCAUGAUCAACAUUUUUGGGGUUGUCCUUUUCUUGAGGACCGGCUGGCUGGUGGGAAACACAGGCGUGCUCAUGGGCAUGGUCUUGGUGUCCUUCGUCAUCCUCGUGGCCCUUGUUACCGUGGUGUCUGGCAUCGGGGUCGGGGAGCAUUGCAGCAUCGGCAGUGGUGGCGUCUACUCCAUGAUCUCCUCCGUCCUCGGUGGGCAGACCGGAGGCACAGUUGGACUUCUGUACGUGUUUGGACAGUGUGUUGCAGGUGCCAUGUACAUUACCGGCUUUGCUGAAUCUGUCUCGGAUUUGCUGGGCCUCAGGAAUAUCUGGGCUGUGCGAGGAAUUUCAAUUUUGGUGCUUCUGGCCUUGCUGGGGAUUAACCUAGCAGGUGUCAAAUGGAUAAUCCGCCUCCAGUUACUGCUACUGUUCUUGCUGGCCGUGUCUACACUGGACUUCGUGGUGGGCUCUUUCACACACCUGGACCCAGAACAUGGCUUUAUUGGAUAUUCGCCAGAAGUGCUACAGAACAAUACUCUGCCAGAUUACAGCCCUGGAGAGUCUUUCUUCACUGUCUUUGGAGUGUUCUUCCCUGCAGCCACAGGAGUCAUGGCUGGCUUCAACAUGGGGGGUGACCUCAGGGAACCCGCUGCCAGCAUCCCCCUGGGCUCCCUAGCAGCUGUUGGCAUCUCGUGGUUUCUAUACAUCAUCUUUGUCUUCCUGCUUGGCGCCAUCUGCACCCGAGAGGCCCUACGCUAUGACUUCCUGAUAGCUGAAAAGGUGUCCCUAGUGGGCUUCCUGUUCCUUUUGGGCCUAUACAUCUCGUCUCUGGCCUCCUGUAUGGGAGGACUGUACGGAGCCCCCCGGAUCCUGCAGUGCAUUGCCCAGGAGAAAGUGGUUCCUGCACUGGCCUGCCUGGGGCAAGGGAAAGGACCAAAUAAAACACCUGUUGCUGCCAUCUGCCUGACCAGCUUGGUGACCAUGGCCUUUGUCCUUGUGGGUCAGGUGAAUGUCCUGGCCCCCAUCGUCACCAUCAACUUCAUGCUGACGUACAUAGCAGUGGACUACUCUUACUUCUCCCUGUCCAUGGGUCCCUGCAGCCUCCCCCAGAUGCCUGAGCCAGUGCACAGGGAAGACAUGGAAGCUAUCCAAUGCUCUGAGCACCUGCUCUUGGAGAAGACUACCAGCUAUGGUUCUGAGGGCACUGCCCAAAGCCUCUCUGAAGGCACACUGCUAGAAUUUACCAAGGACAUGGAUCAGCUCCUCCAGCUAACCAGGAAGCUUGAGUGUAGCCAGCCCAGACGAGGAAAGAGUGAUGGGAUCCCAGAAAGUCAGAAGAGGAAAUGCAAGAAGGCCAUCAAGCAAACCCUGCAAGAUAGCUUCCUCUUGGACCUUAAGUCCCCUACUCAUUUCCCUGCUGAGGAAUCUGAAAAGUUGUCUGCUGCCUCCUCAGAAGGGCAGGAGUCCUACUGGAAUAAUCAGAGUUCUGGGAGCGAAUGGACUCAGCCUACGGGAACUUGUAGAGAACAUCUGAUCUCUGAGCUAUGUAACCAACCUAUGCCAAGUGGAGAAGAUUUCUUCCUGAAGUCCGGUCUCCAGGAACAAGUUGUCCGUAUGAAGUCAACUUCUUUCUAUGCCCACAUUUGUAAUCCCUGGGUCUCCCUGUUGGGGGCUAUUGGGUCCCUUCUCAUCAUGUUUGUGAUCCAGUGGGUCUAUACCUUGAUUAACAUGAGCGUUGCUGCCAUUUUGUAUCUCUACAUUGGCAGGACCAGUCCAGGGCUUCACCUUGGAUCCGCCUCCAACUUCAGCUUUUUCAGAUGGUUGAAGUCUCUUCUGAUGCCCUCCUGCAGGGCCUUGAGAUCCCCCCAGGACCAGAUAGUUUUGGCGCCAGCCCUGGCAAGGGUUGACAUGGAGAUGACUCAGCUAACCCAGGAGAAUGCAGACUUCGCCACUCGGGAUCGCUACCACCACUCCUCCCUCGUGAGUCGGGAACAGCUAAUGCCUCAGUACUAGAGGCAGCCCUGAGCCCUUCUCUCUUGGAGCCAUCUGGUGCAGUGGGGACCCAAAUCCCAGAAACUUUGUAGAUUGGUUCUCCUCACUAAGAAGCUUAAAGACCUGUCCUCCAACUGCUGCUUUGGACAAUGGAAACCUAGA